UACCUUUAUUUAAAUAAGAAGAAUUCUAAAUUAUUCUCAUAACUGAUAACGUAUGCAGUAAUGGUUUUGACUAAACAGUUAUAGGUUAUUGAUGUAACUAGGGGACAUAAAAAACUCGAAUGGGUAAUCACAGCGAGCCGACGCCGCUGAAGAUAUUCAAACGCAUUCCGAUACACGUGGUGGAGGAGCACAACGAUGCGCUGCAGCACAUCUACUCCGCCAUCGGCGCGAUGAGGCUGCCGCUGGAGAACAACACGCUACUUCACCUGGACGCGCACCCGGACAUGCUGGUAGACCGGAAGCUGAAGGGGGAGGAGGCGCGGGCGGGCAAGAGCGUUCUUCCGCUGCUGCAGAUAGAGAACUGGAUCGUACCGGCGGCGGCGGCGGGUCACAUCGGGCGCGUGGUCUGGCUGCGGCCGCCCUGGGCGCGCCAGCUCGCGGACGGCACCCGCAGCGUGCGCGUCGGCGACCAGCCCGACACCGGCCUGCUGCGCCUCGACAGCGCCGAGCCCUACUACCUCUCCGACGCCCUCUUCUCCCCCCGCCUCGUCAACGAGAGAAUAUUCCAGCUGACUGUAGCGGAGCUCAGCGAUACCAAUGACGUCAGAGAGCUCGCGAACGGCCUCGCCGUGGGCAAACCCUACAUCCUCGAUAUAGACUUAGAUUUCUUUAGCACGGGAAACCCGUUUCUCAAGCUGUACGAGUCUAUCAAAUUGUACGACCGCCUCGAAGAAAUUUUCGGUUUCCAACUGCCCAUCGACGAUAGCGAGGAGAGCAUCCUGAGGUGCGUCGAAUCGAGAGAAAAGCAGCUCGUGGAACUCGAGAGUCUAUUCGAUUAUUUAGAGAAAAAUAAUGAGUUGGACGAGUACGGAGGCGCGAAAUCGGAACUCUACGAGAAGGUGUACAGGCUAGCUAGACUAGUGUGGAAGGAAGCAGAACGAAUGAACGAGAGGCCAGACUGGUGGGCGAUAUACGCGGCGGGCUGCACGCGGGACCAGGGCGGGCUGCCGCACCACAUCAGCUCCGACUCCGAGAUCCACGUCGCUGUGACACGGACGCUGAAGAGCCUACUGUUGCACCUUCCCCAACCCACCAUUAUCACGAUCUCGCGCUCAACAGACGAUGGAUACUGUCCUCCUGACCAGGUUGAUCUCAUACAGUCUCUAGUUUUGGAAACCCUUAAAGACAUCUACGACAGCGAAGAACCGAUAUUACAUUACUUAAGUAUGAACACAGAUUAAGUGUAAAUUAAAGAUAGACUGUCAAAUCAUUUGGAUUCAGUGAAAUAAAAUAAGGACUCUCUACCAUAGACUUAAAUUUCUCUAGAGUCUAGAGUCUGGACUUUCUUAAAAAUAUGGCGGAUAGGACGUAUGUAAUCUGCGCUAAAGCAUUUAAAAAUUUGUAAAUCAUGUUAAAAUGUGCCAAUCUACUAGGUUGAGAGAGGAUUUACCUUAGUCAUCUAUUUUUAGGUACCUAGUGCAAACAACAUACUUUUGAAAUCGAAAUACAUUUUUUUUUCACA